AUGAAACGGAGUCAUGUUACUAAUCCACAUCCUGAACCUGUUAAAACAAAGAAGAAAUUGCACGUCAGGACAUUGGCUUUUAUGUCAGAAGCUAUUCCAGACGCGAGUGUUGGAAAGACCGUCGAUAAAGGAGUUGCGAACGUCCGAGAUGGCGCUCUUUAAUCUGCGCUCGCUGGAAAAGAGAUCUGUCUGUCUAGUAACAGCAGUCUUCAACACGUCAAGAAGUUUCGAGUUAUCUGCAACCCCCUUCUCUCAUCGAGUCCUUUGACAUCUCAAUCAUCAUUCUUGACAAGACUUGGAGCGAAAACUUGCAAGGUCAUCUCGAUGCAGGCGCGACUGCGCCAGCUUUUGCGUUACUGGUGGUAUGA